GAUCUGCUUUUCAUCAGCUCGGUGCAGUAAUGACCGGUCAGUCCGCAGUGUGGAGAAGGCGGUCAGUAAUGGCUGUGAUGGUGGUUUCAAAUGUUCGCCCGUUAAUCUUGUUGUCGAGCGGUUUCCUCCUCAAACGGCCGUGGAGCUCCACUAAGUACACUGAGAUUUCGUCGCAGGCGAAGAAGAGGCUGAAGUCGGAGAGCGGCGAUUCUCCAGCAGCAGACUCGCCCAGGCUGAACCUGAGCCCCGAGCAGCUCGACAGGAUCGCCCAGAACAAGAAGGCGGCGCUGGAGAGACUGUCUGCACGCUCCACUCCGGACGGCAUCGGGGAGAGCUGGAGGAGAGCGCUGAGCGCCGAGUUUGGAAAACCCUACUUCAAACAGUUAAUGAACUUUGUUGCUGAAGAGAGGCAGAAACACACAGUCUAUCCACCCCCUCACCAAGUUUUCACCUGGACACAGAUGUGUAAGAUUGAAGAUGUGAAGGUUGUUGUUCUCGGCCAAGAUCCUUAUCAUGGACCAAACCAGGCUCAUGGGCUGUGCUUCAGUGUGCAGAGGCCUGUUCCACCUCCUCCAAGCUUGGUGAACAUGUAUAAAGAACUGGAGGCAGACAUUGAGGGCUUUCAGCAUCCUGGUCAUGGUGAUCUGACUGGAUGGGCAAAGCAAGGUGUUCUGUUGCUGAACGCUGUUUUAACUGUCCGGGCACAUCAAGCCAACUCUCACAAAGACAAAGGAUGGGAGAUGUUGACAGAUGCUGUGGUGCACUGGCUCAGCACUAACCUGAAGGGCCUUGUCUUCAUGCUAUGGGGUGCCUAUGCUCAGAAGAAGGGGGCUACGAUUGAUAGAAAACGGCACCACGUACUGCAGACUGUCCACCCCUCCCCGCUGUCUGCGCACCGUGGCUUUUUUGGAUGUAAGCAUUUCUCAAAAACCAAUGACCUACUGAAGAAAGCGGGAAAGAAGCCCAUUGACUGGAAAGCACUUUGAGACAAAUGAACAACAUGGGCAGCUAAGCUGGUUUGUAUAAUAGCCCUGACUUCAUAAUAAGCUAGUGUCUUUUUUGAUUACCUGUAUGGUCAUCUUCAGUAGUGUUACACUAUUUUCACUGUGGACAAACACUGGAUAUUUUCCUCCAGGCCAUCUUUAGUUGAGCUUUUACCUUUUCUUUUCUCACAGAAUAGGAAUGAGUAAAAAUUCUCUUUCUGUGUUGUGUCUGCUGUUUUGUUUUGCAUACCUUGUUCAUGUUGCCUGUUUGAUCUACAAGGUAUUGUGUUCUUUUACCAAAGAAAUGUCCUGAUCUUUGUUUGCUGUUUGUCUUUUGAAACUCUGUCUCCUCUCAUGUGAACCACUGCUGGGAGGGAUAAGAGUUUGAUUGGCUCUGCUAAGUAAAUUUCAUAUGUUUGCACUUUUUUACUACGUUGUCCAUGUUAAAAAGGACAUUUCUAUUAAUAAACAUGCUGUAACCCAUUGUGUGGCUGUGCUAAAA